AUGGCAAUCUCUUCCUCAAACAAUCGAACCGUCCUGAUAACUGGUAUCAACGGUUACUUAGCUAGUGUGCUCGGUUUACGUCUGCUACAAGCCGGCUAUUCCCUUCGUGGCACCUCUCGUCGGCUCUCUAGCACUGAAUCACUACUCAAAGGUCCUUAUGCACCAUAUAUCGAUCGAGUGAAGGUAUAUGAGGUACCUGAUAUGACGAUUCCUGGUGCAUUUGAUGAAGCUGUUAAAGGCGUCAAUGGAAUAUUCCACACCGCCUCCCCCAUCGACUUCACCCUAACAACCUACGCCCAAAUGGUGACCCCCGCCUUAAAGGGCACCGAUUCCCUUCUCUCCUCAGCCCUGAAAUCCGGAUCUCAACUCGAAACAGUAGUAAUAACUUCCUCCGUCAUCGCCGUCACAAACCCUCGCACCGAUGCCCACGUUUUUACCGAAUCCGACUUCGCAUCAGCUGCUCUCGCCCAAGCACAACUCGAUCUCCAAGAAGGUCGACAGAGUUCCGGAGGAAUUCUGUAUGGCGCUUCCAAAACGGCCGCGGAUCAAGCCGUGUGGAAAUUCCGUGAUGAGCAGAAACCUGCGUUUGCCAUUACGACUAUUAAUCCAGGUGUAGUAAUUGGACCUCCCGUAUUCCUACCCGCAACAGGAGAAAAAUUAAAUGAAACACUCCGACCACUCUACAGGCUCCUAUCGGGAGCAACCAAAACCAUCCCUCCCAAUAUUGGCUCUGGAAGUUUUGUAGACGUCCGUGAUGUAGCGUAUAUGCACGUCUGGGUGUACGAGCAUCCCGAGAAAUCAAACGGACAGCGUUAUAUCGCCUGUGCCGGAUCUGGGCAUGCACAGGCAGAAGCUGAUAUUUUGCGGGACUAUUUCAAGGAGAAGGGUGAAGAUGCUAUUGUGGAGAAUAUCCCGCUCGGAAAUCCGGGAGAGGGUUAUGUAGGGUUUGAUAAGGAAACGGGAAAAGUGGAAAGCGUGGGGUGGACACCUGGGAAACCGAGUGUGAGUGGGGAGAGGGCGGAGAGGGAAAUGGGAUUUAGUUAUAGGGGGUUGAGGGAGAGUACGGUGGAGACUGCUGAGGCGCUCAGGAGUUUGCUUUGA